AUGUCCGAACGUCAGCCGCUGGUCGCCGUAAUCGGCGCCACUGCAACGGGAAAAACGGCGCUGGCGAUCUCGUUGGCUCAGCAAUUUGGCGGCGAGAUUAUCAAUGCCGAUAGUCGCCAGGUGUAUUCCGGCAUGGACAUCGGCACCGCCAAACCGACCGCAGGCGAACGAGCCGCUGCCGUACACCAUCUGAUAGAUAUCCGGCGACCAGAUCUACCGUUGAGCCUGGGCGAGUGGUUGCCCAUGGCACGAGAGGCAAUCGCCGAAAUCUCCAGUCGCGGGCGGCUCCCGAUCCUGUGCGGCGGGACCGGCCAGUACGUUUGGGCAUUAUUGGAGGGUUGGAGGGUACCGGCAGUACCGCCGGACAUGGAGCUACGUGCCAACCUGGAAAAACGGGCCGAGGCUAGCGGGGCAUCGGCAUUGUGGCAGGAAUUGGCGGCCGCUGAUCCGGAGCGUGCUGCCCAGAUCAACCCCCGCAAUGUCCGCCGCGUCAUCCGCGCGCUGGAAUUGCAACGCAACGCCCGGUCCGCGCGUGCCGAAACUCCGCCAUACCGCGCCCUCACCAUCGGGUUGGCAUCGGAACGGGCCAUGCUGUACGAAAAAAUUGACGCGCGUGUUGACCGGAUGAUGGCUGACGGGCUGUUGGACGAAGCCAGAUAUCUGGCCCGAUGCGGUUUUGUGUUGGGCCAGGGGCCGUUGUCUGGUGUGGGUUACAGUCAGCUGGGCCAGUUUCUGGAUGGUGAGUUGACCCUUCCCGAAGCCGUUGCACGCAUCAAGACCAGGACCCACGCUUUGGUGCGACGCCAAAACACCUGGUUCAAAUCUGGCGAUGUUCGCAUCACCUGGCUGGAUGCUACUGGCCGGCUUCCAACUGCCGAAGCGCGCGCCCGGGUACACCGAUUCUUAGGUUCGACAACACCGUGUGGUACAAUUGGCCCGGACUUGCAGGACGGUAUCCCCGCGGGGUAG